AUGCGUUUGGAGCUUGUCAUAACUCACAACGCCUACGAUUCGAUGAGUAAGCAGAGGCUGAUUCGUAGAGUAACAGGCAAUCCCAGAUCGCUUCUCCCAGCCAAUGGGAGGAGCGCUUGUUCGCUUGCACACACUCACGCACGCAUGCACGCUGGCGCUGAAGCUCGUCGCUCCCAUGCGCUGCCACGUGAACGCAUCGCGUCCUCCACAUUGCGGCCACCGCAAGGCAACGACGACAAAGAAGAAAAAAGAUCAAGACGGCGAAGGAGAAAGGCAAGCAAUAAAGACCUAUAUCCCCGCACACUCAAAGAAGCAGGAGAGAGUGAGGAGAGGUGGACGAGCAAAUGCAGAGAAGCGGGCAUGCAAGCGAGUGGUGAAGACGUGGUGUCAGAGUCGGUGCCGCAGGGGGUGCCAUUUGCAGGGCUGUCAGUGGGACUGCUCCACUCACUACAGUGGGUACGAAGAAUAGAAGCUCUGGUGGGACAGAAGCGCCUCCUACUCGGCGUCAGCUGGAGCGCAGGCAGUCUGGCCCUCCUCCUCUUAUUCUGCGCCAUAGCUAUGGAUUCUUGGCUCUUUACUGUCGAACGUGAACCGGACGAGACUUCUAACGCUACCUUUCUCAUUACCCUCCACUCAGGUCUUUGGCGUGUCUGCAAGAAAAAUCUUUUCAUGAAGGAUGUUGGCAAGAACACGCAAUGGAACUUAUCGUGGCGUGAGUUCUCUCCAAGAGCCUUCUACCUAACAACAGGGGAACCAGUGGAUCCACUAAAAUUGACCCAGCUUCUAGCCACUGCCUCAACUUUGGCUCGACAGGCUGAUUGUCAGUUACUUGAUGGAUGCGACCCGUCUCAAAUGCGUCGUGCAUUUGACAUGGGCACUUGA